AGGUAGCUCGUAGAGCGGUACCCUAACUUAUUGCUAACAUAGAAAGCAGUCGAUAAUCGCAGAAGAGAAUGCUGCGAGCGAAAUUAAAUUGCCGUGGAACAGCAUGCCCAGCCAGGCCACAGACUCUUCACAUGACACCUCACAUUCCUACUCUGUACAACCAACGUCCUGCUAAGCCUGCUUCAAUGAGGCACGGCGACAAAGGUCUGGCAGACACAGGGCGCCGGCAGCAUCAGCUUCGGGUGAUACAAACAGUCUACUACGAACCCCCCUUGCCUUAUCGCCGCCUAGUAUCCCUGCCCACAUUGCAGGAGAAGGACUCACUACUGACCAUUCGACCGUGGAGAAAACAAAGGCACCUUUGCCGGUUGGCCCGCCCUAUGAGUCUCCUGAACCUGGCUGGGCUCGUCUGCCCGCGGAGCAAGACGCCGGAUGGAGAGAGAUGGGCAAACAAACGCCGUCGUACCUAGCUUUGAGAUUUCAAGCAUACGAGUUGCUUACUACUCGGUUCGCGGUAAUAAGUAUCGGGCGCGCACUCGUUGAGGCCUACCUCUCGCGUCCAAACCACACCAUCAUCGGGGCCGUCCGCAACCCGGAAAGCACCACGCUCAAGAACGUUAAGCCGGCCGAAGGUAGUAAGCUGCUGCUGGUCAAGAUCGAGGCCACGUCCGAGACGGACCCCGCUGCGGCAAUUGAGCAGAUCAGGGCCGCUGGUAUCACUUCCCUCGAUGUGGUUAUAGCCGUAGCUGGCAUCAACCCAGCCAGUGCCUUCGCCGACGUCAAAGACAUGGACGUCAAGGCCUUGCGCGACGUCUUCGACGUUAACACAUUCUCUUUCGUGAGCCUCUUUAAGGCCAUACACCCGCUCCUCAAAGCAUCGGCCAGCUCGCCCAAGUUGCUAGCUAUCAGCUCCAACGCCAGCCAGAUAGUCGAAAUGGAGCCCACCAUCCCCGUCAAGGUUGGUGUUUACGGUGCCAGCAAGGCUGCGCUCAACUACCUCGUCCGGCGUGCACAUUUCGAGAACCCGUGGCUAACUGCCUGGGUAAUGAACCCGGGUUUCGUGCAAACGGCCACCGGGAACGCCCACGCCCAGCUUUGGGGCAUGGAGAAGGCACCUCAUUCCAUAGACGACAUCAUCCCAGGUCUGCUGGGAAAGAUUGACGAGGCUACGCGCGCGGAGACGUCGGGCAAUUUUUAUAACUUCGAUGGCACGCCGCUAACCUAUUGAGAUGAGACAUGGAGAAACUCGAUAAUACUUAGCGAUCAUAAAUGAGGAUAGUCUGCCCAACUAAUAUUGUGAAUUUUAUUAUCAAUCCUUUCCCGCUGGACUUUAUGUAUUGUUAAUAUUAGGUCAACCACACCGAUCGAUCUACCCCGUCUUUCUUCAUAAUGAUUCUUUACCUAGGUACCCA